CGGAUACUUCACCUAAUCAGUCUUCUUUGGUCUUCAAACAUGGUUGGAUUCGUUGCUCUUAUUUCUUUGUCAUUAUUAGCGGUAUGCAAUGCUGAUAUUGGUGUGGACCCGCCAGUAAAAUGUGGGUCGAUGCCUCCGUCGGUAUACUCGUGCCUCGGAACACCAAGAGUAGUGAACCCCAAAUUGGCGGCCCAAUGUGAUAAGACUUUACCAGAGUGCGAAAAGCUGACAUGUAUAUUCAGGAAAUCCGGUUGGAUGGAUGGCGAUAAAGUGGACAAGGUGAAAUUAACAGCGUACUUCGACCAGUUCGCUACAGACAAUCCCGACUGGCAGCCAGCAGUUGAUAACCUGAAGACAACCUGUCUCCAGGGUGAUCUGCCAGCCCAGGGCGUCCUUCUGAACUGUCCAGCUUACGAUGCUAUGCAGUGCACCUUCGCAAGCUUUUUAAAACACGCUCAACCAUCCCAAUGGUCUACAUCAGAGUCCUGUAACGCAGCGCGCCAGUACGCCGCUUCGUGCCCAGUCUGUCCCACUGACUGCUUCGCAUCUCAAAUACCAGUUGGCUCCUGUAACGCGUGUCUUGUUUUGCCAAGAUCACCUUAAGAUGUCCAUUUAAAACAGAGGUCCCCAAACACUAUGGACCCGGGACAAUAUAUGGUCCAAAGACGCGCACGCAAAAACAACUCAUUAAUAGUUGUCACUUCAUGAGAAUAUUUAAUUGAACUUAUUCAAACAAAUAUUAAUAUU